AUGGAUGGAAUGCAAAUGAAUUCCACCGGGGACGUUCCUAUCGAAUAUGACUUUGAAAACUAUGCUAAUAACAUGAACAAAUAUUUAUGGGCACACAUUAUUUGUAUGAUGAUUGCCUACGUCCUUAUUCUGCCAACCGGUAUCGUUUUGGCUAUGGCGAAAAGCAAGGCUCAUAUUCCUGUUCAAGUGACCUAUGUGUUAUUAACCUUCGUUGGGUACAUUUUUGCUCAUCUUUCUCAUCAUCAUGCUUCUCACAAUGAUUACUACAAGGGAAACAUUCAUCGUCCGGUGGGAAGAGUCUUCAUGUGGAUGUCAUUUGUGAUUGUAGUCUUUGGAAUUGUUACCACAUUCAUAAAACGAACGAUUUUGAAGGCUUAUCCUUCCAGCCAAUCCCUUGGUUCAUCGCCAGUUGAUGGGAAAAGAACCGAGCAAUCAAUGAAGAACUGUCUGAGCUAUGAUGCACCUCUUUUAGAAAAUGAAGACACUCAGGAAGAUUUGGAGUCAUUUGAUGAAGGUGCCAGUCCUAGAGAUAAUCAGUCGACCUUUGCUUUUAAUAAUUUAAAGAAAGUUUCUCUUCCAAAAGGAAAACUUAUUUUGUUAUCGGUGUUGCGCUAUACACACAGGAUUUUAGGACAUUUAUGGUUGUACAUGGGUUUUUUUGAAGUUUGUACUGGACUUGUUUUACUUGCCGGAAUUUUCAGAGGAAGUCAUAUUUUCAACGGUCUUGCCCAUUGGAUUAAGGGAGCCCUCUUCCUAUGGUACGGAAUUCUAUCCUUUGGAGAAUAUCUUGGCGCUUUUGCUGAAUACGGCUGGGCAUGGAAUCUUCGUCCCAAAUUAAGCCAAAGUGGGCUUAGAAGGUUCGUACCAAGUAAGGAAAUGGUUGAGUCUUCCGUUCUUUUCACUUAUGGCAUUACCAACGUAUGGCUAGAGCGUCUUGGUAAUACAGAUGGAGUAUGGAAUCAUCACGAUAUGCAACAUGUGUCGAUUGCUUUUAUGCUCUGGUGGGCUGGCUUAUGUGGUAUCUUUGUUGAAUCAAAAAUGGUUCGCAGAUUUUUGAACACUGGCUUGUCCUACGCCUUACAUCAGUCUCCUCAUGAAGAAGGAAAUUCUACUACUGAUGAGAGCCCCUCUGCUUCGUUAAAUCUCUUUCCUGCGAUAACAGUGUUCUUUACUGGCAUCAUGAUGUCGUCUCAUGAACAAAAAAGCCAAAUCUCCACCGUUAUCCAUGUCAUUUGGGGUCGAUUGCUUUCUGCAGCAGCCGUUUCUCGUGCGUGUACUUACGUUUUGCUUUAUAUAAAACGACCUAGUUCACCAUGGCCAACUCGUCCUCCAACAGAAAUCAUUACAAGUUUUUGUUUGAUCUGCGGAGGAAUUAUGUUUAUGGCAUCUUCUUAUGAUGUUGUAAAUAAAAUUCGCGUCAACGGGUUAUCUGCUAUGCUACUCAUGAAUGUAUGCGUUGCUUUAACUUGUAUAAUUAUGUGUCUUGAACUAUUCUUCUUAGGAUUAAAAGGAUAUGCACAUGCAAAACAUAAUUAA